AUGUCCAACUCCCACACAAAAUCCUUCCCUCGCCCAACAGCGGCGUCCACCCAAUCAUUUUGGCGCACACAGCCAGAUCCCCUCGAUAACCAUCAAUCUACACCAGAACUACCACAGGAAGCCGAUAUACUAAUCAUUGGCGGCGGCUAUGUCGGAGCCUCAGCUGCUUAUCGGCUGCUUGCAGAGAAUCCUCAAAAUCCAAGCCCCCGGGUGGUGUUAGUUGAGGCCCGGGAGCUGUGCUCCGGUGCUACCGGGCGCAACGGUGGUCAUUUGAGACCAGAUAUCUAUUCGGCAACAGCUUUGUUCACUGAACGGUAUGGCAUCGAAGCAGCGGCAGAGAUCGUCCGGUUCGAAAUCUCGCACUUGAAGAUCAUUGAAGAGCUGGUCCGUAAAGAGAACAUUGAUUGUGAUCUUACUUUCACACGUUCUUAUGAUAUGUAUUUGAAUGAAGAUCAGCUCAACAAGGCCAAAGCCUUCUACGACUCUUUGGUUGACCAGAAACUGGAUUUUAUGGACGAUGUUGAAUACAUGUCUCACGCUGAGACCCAAGACAUGGCGCAUGUUCGAGACGCUAAAGGAGGCUUCAGCUUUUCAACAGGCCAUCUCUGGCCUUACAAACUAAUCGCUCAUCUCAUCCGCGUGGCCGUUUCCCACGGCCUGAACUUGCAGACCAACACUCCAGUAUCUGAAAUCGCGGAAAGUCCGAACGCAGAUGGAUUCUGGCCGGUGACUACUAGUCGUGGUGUUAUUCAUGCGCGCAAGAUUAUCCUCGCGACCAACGCAUUCACCAGCGCGCUAGCCCCGCAAUAUUCCAAAGCUAUUAUUCCCUGCAAGGGCAUCUGUAGCCAGAUAGCUGCGGCACCUGGUGCACCCCAUCGGGAUCUGCCUGGUACUUAUGCAAUCCGAUUCAGCCCGGGGGCGUAUAUUUAUCAAAUUUCCCGGAAUGACGGGUCGCUUAUUGUGGGUGGAGCAUCGCAUCUUUUCAGGGAUGAUCGGGAAGAGUGGUAUAAUAAUCCUGAUGAUGGGAAAUUGAUUAAAGUUGCUGCGGACUAUCUUGAUGGCUAUAUGCAACGGACGUUCCUUGGGUGGGAGGAUAGUGAGGCUGAAAUCAAACAUAUCUGGGCUGGUGUCAUGGGAUACAGUGCAGAUUCGUUGCCUCAUGUUGGUAGCAUUCCCGGUAAGCCUGGCCAGUUCAUCGCGGCUGGGUUCAAUGGUCAUGGUAUGCCUGUCGCAUUCUUGUCUGGCAAGGCUGUUGCAGAUAUGGCCCAGAGCUCGGUUGAAUUUGAGGAUACCGGGAUACCGAGGCUGUACAAGACGUCGCUUGCGAGACUGGAGCCUGUUUAUGACGAUAUCUUAGGCUAG